AGCUCUCUCAUUUGCUGUUGAGUCUUCAUGACAGCAACAGCUUAGAGGCAAUGUCCACUUGCCAGCACAACUGGACAAAGUCAUUUACUCCCAUUAUGGACAUUUUUCUCCUGAUACACUCCCGAUAAAACACAAACUAUGGCCGUCUCAGCGGCUGACAGGCUCCUGUGGAUUACAGGCAUGGUGUUUGUGAUUGUUCCUCACAUCAGUAUGGGAUCGUUGUCUGACUACAAGAUCUGUGGAAAUUCUGGGUGUGAAAGCCCGAUGAGCAGGGUGAAGGCCAUCAGGGACCACCGCGGCAAGGACUGUCGCUUCCUGAGCUUCAGACGCGGAGACACCAUCUCUGUUUACCACAAACUGACCGGAAGGAGAGAAGACCUCUGGGCGGGCAGUAUUGACAAACAGUUUGGCUAUUUCCCAAAGGAUGCGGUGAAAGAGGAGCAGGUUUAUGCAACUAUUGAGAAAGUAGUGGAAACACAGAGGUCUGAUUUCUUCUGUAUGGAUGAGUUGGGCUAUCCUAUUGACUCCAGUGAUCUGGACAGUGAGGAUGAAAACGGUGAUCAGAAAAUCCAAAUCCAGGAGUCGGAAUCCACCCCAACCGUCCCACACACUGACGACACAAACACUGAAAGUCCUUCGCCGUCGGCAGACCCCUCCGCAGAUUUUCCUGUUCCACCACAGCAGGCCGAUGCCACAACAACAGCAGGGGACGAAAACAAAAACGCUGGCGAUGCUGCUGCCGGGACUCAAGGAGGGCGCAAGGAAGCCCCAGACAAUCUCGCAGCUCCGAGCGAACAAGGUGGGUCUCCCUCCUCUUCGUGGCUCGGUUCUUCAGUGACAGGAUGGUUAGGUUUGGGGAGAGAGGAAGAAUCCGUUGACGUGGCUGAAGAAGCGAAAGACAAUGACAGCAAAGAAACAAAGUCCGAAACUUUUACUUCAUCAGUGACCGGAUGGCUCGGGUUUGGAGGAGAAGGAAUACCUGACGAUACUGUGGAAAGUGGAGAAGACGAUAAGGAAAGUGCUGAUUCGCUCACUUCAACCAUGACUGGGUGGCUCGGCUUCAGCGGAGAGACAAAAACGGAUUCUGCAAAAACUGAGCAAGAUGGCAAAAGAGAAACAGGGGAUGAAAAUGAGCCAGAAGUGACAUUCAGGAGCAGAAGGAUGUCUCUGGACCUAGAGGGCAGCCAGUUACACGAGGAGGAGGAGAAAGAGGUGCGGACAUUGGAUUGGCUAGGAAGUGGACUGUCGCGCACACUGGGCUUUGGCGCGACCACUCAGGAGUCAGGGCACGGGGCCGGUGCUGACAGGGAGGCCGAGGAGACAGUUGAGGAAGAGAAGGAACAGUCAUCGUCUUCUUGGUUUGGGAUCGGGAACAUUUUAGGAUUCGGGAAAGACGAGAGCGAAGUCGAUGAGAGCACAGGGGGUCGCUCUAAAGACGAGGACACAACCUUUGAACGGGAAACUCUUUUAGAGAAUGGAGACGCCAGUCAAACACAGACAGAGGAGGAAAAAAUAGAGCCUGACACAACCCGGCUGGAGGAAAAGCGUGAGACGGAAAUAAACCCAGAAGUGGGAGAUAGUAGUGUUAACAGCAGUUCCAAUAAAGACAAAGAAUUAGAUGUGGAUGAACAAGGUCAAGUUCCUCAAUCUGAGAUAGAGGCAGAGUCUGACACCUCAGCACUGGAGGAAAACAGUAGCGACAUGACUGAGGAUUCGGGCGGCAGCAAGAACGAUGCUGCAUCCACGGUCGAACAAAAAGACAUUUUUCCUCAGACCGCGUUAGGGGAAAAGCCCUUCACGAUAGAUGAGGAAAGAUCUGCAGAAACAGAGGGCGAAGAGCAUCAGGUGCCCAAAACAAUAGAAAAAGACAUUAACAGGGAGCCACGGGGGGAGGAAAUUAGAACUGAUCAAGAUUUUCUGACACAACCUGGCAUCAGUGUUGAGCUCAGUCCAGAGGAUUUACCUUCAGACUCCACUGUACAAUCUGUAGGCGAGGCUGAGGGAGAUGAGAGAGGGACCGAAAUCACCCCCGUUGAAACUGGUGCCGGAGGCGACGGUCAAGACAGUGAUGGAAGCGACGAUGAGACUGACGCCCUUCGCAGAGAAAUGUCCGCGACUCAGACCGAUGAAUCAGCAGAGCGCAGUCAAGGCAAUGCGGGGGAGAGCAGCGGAAAGAGUCAGCCUCUCCCCUCAUCCGGCACAGCUGAGGAGAGACAUGAACCCGUUCACAGUGAGGACGGAAGUGUAAGUGAUCAUGGUGUAAAACCCGUCGCUGAAAAUUCAGAGAAGCCUGCGACUAUUGUUGAUAAUAAUGUAGAGACAGAGACGCAUCAUGAGUUAGGAGGGGAGGGAGGAGUUUGGCUUGGGUUGUUCAACUCAACUGAGAGGAGAUCGGAAGAAAGUCUGUUUGAAAAAGCCUCAGAGGAGGAGACGGGAACCAUUUCCCCCGGUGAGAGCACCACACUGAUGGAGAACAAUGGAGACCAGGUGUCUGCGUCUCCACAGGCGGAACGGACGGUCGCAAAGGGUGAAGUUGAUGUUGAAAAGCUAAAGGAAACUGAGGAAAACCUACAAAAUGACCUCCAUCACGCUCAAACUGAGAAAGAGACACUCAAUUUUGAGAAAGGGGUUUUGAGUGAAAGUCGUCUAAAGGAAGCUGAUGAGUCAGAGAAAGAAACGGAGACCGGAGAAGUUGAUGGAGAAGAGGAAAAGCAGGAGGAGAAGCUAAAUGUGACCCAGGAUGAAUUAAAGGAGGAGGGAGGGUUACAGCAGGGAAAAGAGGAGGAGAAGCUGGAUGAGGCUGAGGUGUUAAAAGAAAAGGAGGAGCAGCAGGGAGUGAAGGAAAUACAAGAAGAGGGGAAGCAGGAAGCGGUGGAGGAGUUAGAGAAGGAGAGGAGACGGGAGGAGUUAAUGGAGGUUGAGGAAAUAAAGGAAGAGGAACAGCAGAACGACAUGGAGGAGAAAAAAGAAGAGGAUAAACAGAAUGAGGUUUUGGAGUCAAACGAAGAGGAAGAAAAACAGGAGAAAGAGGAGGAGUUAAACGGGGAAACUACGCAAGGGGGGAUGAACGAGCUAAAGGGAAACGAGGAGCAGUGGGAAGUGAAAGAAACACAAGGAGAAGGGAAGCAGGAAGAUGUGGAGGAGUUAAAUAAUGUGGAGGAAACAAAGGAAGAGGAAAAGCAAGGUGAAGUGGGGGAGAUGAGAGAAAAGGAGAAACCGGAGGAAAGUGAGGAGGAAGAAAAACAGGAAGCGGAUGAGACAAAAGGGGUGGAGGAGUUACAGGUGGAGGUUGAGGAGUUAAAAGAGGCAGAGGAAGAAAAACAGGAGGAAGCAGUAGAGUUAAUGGGAGAGAAGCAGCAGGCGGUGGUGGGGCAGUUAAAGGAAGGAGAGAAAAGAGAGGAGGCUGAGGAGGUAGAGGGAGAGAGGAAACAGGAAGAUGUAGAUGAGUUACUGGGAGGAGAGAAGAGAGAGGAGACAAAGGAGGUAAACGAAGAGAAGAAGCCGGAGGAGGUGGAGGAGUCAAAAGAGGAAGAGAAGCAGGAGAUAGAAGAGUUUAAGGAGGAAGUGGAGGAGUUAAAGGGGGAGACUGAGCAGGAGGAGGUGGAGGCCUUGACGGUAAAGGAGAAGCAGCAGGAAGAGGUGGAGGAGGUAAAGGAAGAGGAAAAGCAGAAGGAAAUAGAGGAGAUAAAAGAAAAGGAGAAACAGGAGGUGGUCGUGGAGUUAAAUGUGGAAGAGGAAGAACGAGAGAGAGUGGAAGAGUUACAAGGCGAGAAGAAGCAGGAGGAGGUGGAGGAGUUAAAGGAGGAAGAGAACAUUGAAGAGGUGGAUGAGGCAGAAGAGAAGAAGCAGGUGGAUGAGGCAGAAGAGAAGAAGCAGGAAGAGGUGGAGGAGUUAAAGGAGGAGGAGAACAUUGAAGAGGUGGAUGAGGCAGAAGAGAAGAAGCAGGAAAAGGAGGAGGAGAACAUUGAAGAGGUGGAUGAUGCAGAAGAGAAGAACCAGGAGGAGGUAGAGGAGUUAAAGGAGGAGGAGAAAAGGGAAGCAGUGGAUGAGGCAGAAGAGAAGAAGCAGGAGGAGGUGGAGGAGUUAAAGGAGGAGGAGAACAUUGAAGAGUUAGAGGAGGAGGAGAAAAGGGAAGCAGUGGAUGAGGCAGAAGAGAAGAAGCCGGAAGAGGUGGAGGAGUUAAAGGAGGAGGAGAACAUUGAAGAGGUGGAUGAGGCAGAAGAGAAGAAGCAGGUGGAGGAGUCAAAAGUGGAAGAGAAGCAGGAGAUAGAAAAGUUUAAGGAGGAAGAAAAACAGGAGAAAGUGGAGGAGUUACAAGGGGAGAAGAAGCCUGUGGAGGUGGAGGAGGAGUUAAUCGAAAAGGAGAAGCAGCAGGAAGUGAAGGAAAUGCAGGAAGCGGUAAAGGAAGAGGAAAAGCAGAAGGAAAUAGGGGAGAUAAAAGUAACACAGACACAGGGGGAGUUUGUGGAGUUAAAGAUUGAGGAGGAAGAACAAGUGGAAGUGGAGGAUUUACAAGGGGAGAAGAAGCAGGAGGAGGUGGAGGAGGAGAAAAGGGAAGAGGUGGAUGAGGCACAAGAGAAGACGCAGGAGGAGGAGACUAAGCAGCAGGAAGCGAAUGAAAGACAUGAGGGGAAGCAGGACGAGAGGGAGGAAGUAAUGGAAGAAAAUGGAAGGAGACAGGGGGAGUUAAAGAAGGCGGAGGAAAUAAAGGAAGAUGAUAAGCAGAAGGAAAUAGAGGAGAUAGAAGAAAAGGAGAAACGGGAGGUGGAGGAUGAAAAGCAGAAGAAAGCAGAAGAGUUAAGGGGGGAGACAAAGCAUGGAGAGGUGGGAGAGUUAAAGGUAGAAGAGAAGAAAGAAAAGGCGGAGGAGGAAAAAGAAGAGGAGAGGCAGGAGGAGGCAGAGGAGUCCGGUGAGGAAGGACAGCGCAAUGAGAGAGAGGAGGUUGAGGAAGAGAAAAGGGAGCUCAAAGAAACGCGGCAGGUGAAUGACGGUGAGGAUGACAAGAGGGAGAAAGAGGAGGUGAGCCCCGAAUGUUUCAAUGAGCGUUGGCACCGAGCUCUUCACGGCGAAGCUGUGAGAGACAGAGGUGAGAAUAUAUUCUCUGGGGAUGGAUCAAGUUCAGCAGACGGGGGGAAAAUCCCAAAAGAAAAUCCAAAUGUUAACCCAGGGGAGUUUCUGGCUAAACCCUCUGAGGAAACGGAGAGAAUCAGAAUACGACAGGAAGAAGAUGAGGACGGUUUGGACGUUGAUCGGCCACGUUCAGGUGAGAGUAGUCUGUCUUAUGACGUUUUACUUCAGACAGCUGAGAACGGAGAAGAUGGCCACGGGGACCCAGGUGACCUCUCUGACGACAAAGUGCUCCACCAGGGGAGAAACACUGAGCGUGGAGACACUGAAACCAGCAGCGAGGGGAUUUCCUCCGAGGCCGGCGGUGACGUGAGAGGGAGUGAGAUGAACGAGUCCGCCGAAAGCCCGGCUGUGACGCGUGAACGAGCGGUGCCACGUGUGUCCGAAGAUCCCGCUGGAUCUUCACCUCCAACGACAGAGACUGGAGCUUUCGGACUUUUCAGAAAUGCCUUUGGCUUCUUCCGCCAAGCGCCUGUCGCCGGAACAACGGACCCUGUUGGUUCCGGCCCAAGUUUGGAUACAAAUACGGUUGAGGCAUCUCAAACACAAAGCCCUCAGAUCUCUGAGCAGGUGGUGGAUUGGAAUCAGGUAGAUGAACAGGAUUUCCACGCAGACUCUCCUGUCACGACAGCGCCAGUGGAGCAACCACGGCAUUCUUCCCCCUCUGCCGACCUCCAGUCCACAACUCCAUCUCUGCACACAGAAACCCCCCUCCGGACGAAGACCCUCUCCAAGCACUACAACAACCUCCCGGCCUACAUGAGUGUGGAUGAGGCGACUGUUCUGACGGAGCUCUUUGGUCGACACAAGCUGCAGUUUUUGGAUUACAUGUUGGGGAGCUCAGGGAGUGCGAGGGAGGAACCUGAGCACGAUGAAUCCAUUCUUUCGGAUGUGGAAAGACUCCUGCGUUAUCACGGCGAGACGCUGGCCGCUCCCGGCACGAGGCUCGCGGAUGCACCGCGGGAGGACAAGGAGAAGACCAGGACACUCAUCGCUCUUCAGAAACUCGAAAUGCUGAUCACAAGAGUGAGAGAGACAUCCAGCACAGGAAAAUCAGACACUAGUGAAGGAGACCAUCAAGCUGAGGCCGGCUGUGCCGGUGUGUCAACUCACGGCAAAGAUCGAGAACUGAGCACCGGGGAAGACUCAAGGAAGACAGGAGGUCCCUCUGUAACCCUGGAUAACAACGACAUCCACAGAAUGAACGAAGGACUGCGGCAUGAAAAAGAGAGGGAAACACCCGAUGAGAGAAGAGAAGAGGGCGACGAAGGAUGCGAGGAAGAGCGCGUGCCCGCUGCAUCCCGUCCUCAUAAUCAGUCAGGAACACCAGAGCCACUGGAAGGGCUAACAAAGCAGAUUCUGGACUUUGUUCAUCGCAUCGCCGAAGAAUCAGCCACUCACGUUCGAGCCGCGGGGGAGCUUGUCACAUGGACUGCUCAGAGUGUCUGGAACUGUGCGGUCUGGUUCGUCGACAUGCUGGACUCGUCACAUGUUGAUGUGACUUCUCCCUGCGCCACUCGGCGGCGUCCCAGCUGUCAGGCUGGCUGCGGGUCGUCUACAUUACACACGUUGAGCCAGCUUGGCAAACCAACGUGCUGCGAAGGGGAAAACCGUUUCAAAUAUUCCACAGGCACACGGAUCGUCAAGUUUCUAAUGGAUGACUAUGAAGCCAGUUCAGUUGUGUCGUCGCUGCCUGAUGACAUCAGACCCGGGCCGGACCUGUACGGGGUGCCGUGGGAACCGAUCAUCGUCUCCAGUGUGUUGGGACUGGUGACGCUGCUGUUGUUCACCUGUAGAUGUUAUAGCUCUGUCAGAAGCAGAAUGUAUCGAGGUAAAGAGCAGUGGAUGGCUGCACAGGCUGCGGAGUUGCUGGAUGAGAAGUGUAAAGUCCUUGAGACUCUUAGUAAAUGUCAACAAGAGUAUGAUGAACUGGAGGACUCACUGAGGGACAGCGGUGCCUUGGCCCAAACUCAAAAGACAGAACAUCUGGAGAUGAAAGCCAGGCAGUUGGAACAUGCUAAGAAGGAGCUGGAGAGGGAUCUCGAACAACUGAAGGAUCAACUGGAAUGGCAGAAGCAACACAGGGAAGAGCAAGAAAGAAGGAUAGCAGUGCUCGAAGAGGGCAUGAAAACAUUUGACGAGGAAACCAAAGAACUCCAGUCACAGGAAGAGCAGGCACAGACCACUCUGAAAGUGUACAGUAUGAACAGCGACAGACUGCAAAGGAACCUUGAAACAUCUGGAGAGGAGAACACGCUUCUUCAAGAGAGCAAUGCUCAGCUGAGGCAGCAGGUGGAGGGAUGGGCAGAAAGAGUGAGCGAAUUGGAGGAGGAGAUGCGGAGGUGUGAGGUCACCUACAGCGGGAUGCAGCAGGAUGUGGCCAAUAAAGAUGAGCGUAUUAUGUCUUUGACAGACUGCCUGCUGAGGAUGAAAGCUUGGGAUUCAGAUCUGGAGGAAGAGGAAGGAGCAGAGAAGGAGACAUCCAAUGGGGCGCCAGGAAAUGAAGAGGAGAAUGGCAGAGGGGAGAGGACCGACUCGCAAGGCCAUUUACAGAAAGUCCAGAAACUCAUCUAUGCUGCUAAGCUGAACGCAGACCUCAAAUCAGUAGAUGAAGACAAGGACAGAGUGUUUGCAAAAUUGAAUAAUGAAGUCAAAUUUAAAGAAGAUCUGCAAGUGAGCAUUAAGGAGCUGGAGAAUGAGAAAGUCUCUCUGCAGUCAGAUGCUGAGCACUACUCAGAUCAGGUCCAGCGAUUGCAACAGAAACUCCAGAUUAUGACAGAAAUGUACCAGGAGAAUGAGCUGAAGCUGCACAGACUGCUUACCGUGGAGGAGAAGGAGCGCCUGCAGAAAGAAGAGAAGUUAAACAAAGCAGACAAAAACAUUGCAUUGGCCAUGGAAGAACUCAACAACUACAGACAACGAGCCGAGGAGAUGGAGGAGGAGCUGGAGAAAUCCAAGCAGUCUUACCAGACCCAGAUAUCUGCACAUGAGAAGAAGGCUCACAAUAACUGGCUCGCGGCCCGAGCAGCGGACAGGGACCUGACAGACAUCAGGAGAGAGAAUGCCCUCCUGAGACAGAAGCUGACAGACACACAGUUCAAGCUAGAGGCUCUUGAUAAAGACCCAUACGCUUUGGACAGUCUGGCCAGACCAAUGCCUUUCAGAGCUGAAAGGUCGCCGUAUGGUCCCUCUCCUCUGGGUCGACCAGCAUCUGAAACCAGAGCUUUUCUGUCUCCUCCAACAUUAAUGGAUGGACCGCCCACUCGAUUGUCUCCUAGAGUGGGCCGUGGUCCCAUGGAGCCCCCUGGUGGCCAAGGGGAGAUGGAGCGGAGUGGAGGUCCUCAUUCAGACAGUGGUUCAAUCUCUCCCACAUGGGAGAGAGAUCGCAGAGGACCCCCGUCAGGACCCCCUGGGCCGCUAGGACCUCCAGGCUAUAUGUUCCCAGAACCAGGAGGUCCCUUGUUCAGGAGACCUCCGCCACAUCCAGGAGCUAUGGGCCUUUUGCCCCCUCCGGGCUCCCUCCCUCCUGGCCCUCCUCCCCCUCAUCUCAGGGGGUUCCCUCCUGCUGGCCCACCAGGACCUCCCCACCCAGCAGACAUGGCAGAUGGCUCGUUUAGAGAAAACAGCCUUGGACCUGGUGAACAGGAUCACAGAGAGUCUGGUCCCGGUGAUCGAAGGACUCCCCCCGAAGCAGACCCAAGGAUGGGGGGCCCGCUGCCUCCUGGACCGCCGGGGGGCGCCAUGGAUGGUCCCUUCCCUCGUAGAGCUCCCUACGGACCCCCACCUCCUGAUUUCUACGCUUCAAGGGGACCGGGGGGCCCUCCCAUGAUGCCUCGGUGGGCUCCUCCACCUCCAGGGAUGAUGUUCCCACCUCGUUUCCCCCCCGGUGGACCUCUUCCUCCAGCUCCUCAUCCUCACUAUGGUCCCCCCAUGCGUCACCGUCCUGCCGACAGCCUCCCGCCUCCUUCUAUGGGUCCUCCUCCUCAUCCUCAGCAGGCCCUCCCCUCCCCGCCGCACAGCCAGUCACCAGACGAGCACAGACCCUCACCUGAAGACGCCAUUUGAUCCAUGACCAGGUCUCUACAAGGCUGUGAGAUGAUGCAUUUCAGGUUCAAAUUUAACUCAGUGGUACGGAUGAAGACAGGAUGCAUGUCUCCACUCGUACAGACAACGAAUCGUGUUAGCGUCGUUCUUUCUCUUAGUUUUUUUCCCCCUUUUUGUCCCAUGAUCGUCCAGCUGCAUUCUUUGUGAGGUCGUCCUCCCACUGUGGAGCCGUGGUGAUGGCAGUUGGGCUCUCGCUUCCUUUGUGUAAUUUCACAGGCAGCCUAAUCUGUACGUGUGUGUGUGGGGGGGGGGGGGGGGGAUGUUGCCACUUGAAGCAGAAACUGCUUCUUGUGAGCUUGACAAUGACAUAAAGUUUUUUUUUUAAGGAGACUUAAGUUGGAAUGUGUGCAUGUCAAGAUGCUGUAUGUGGCAGACAAACUGUUUUUUCCAGAUGGCUUCGAUAAACCGAAAUCUAAACGAUCCCGAGCAAUCAAGGAAGAUUGCACGGCCCUAAUGCACGUAAUUGUCAUAGCAACAUUCUUGCAAUUGUCAUUGUAAUAAAAAGAAUUAUUAUUAUUGUUGACCAUAUUCAACUACACUUCAAUCCCCCCAACCCCACCCCCGAGGUCAAAUGCGAGUUUUCUUAAAAUAUGAUGAAAGUGUGUAACUUAAUUUCACUGACUUUCCUGCAGGAUUGGCUGCAGCAGUUAGACAGUGUUUGUGAUCUUGUUACAGUGGCGUACAUACGACCCAUGCUUGAAUAAGAAGUGGCUUAUAGAAGAGACUCGUGCGUUCUGUCGAACUGGUGACUCAAUCCCACAGUCACAGGUUGGUGAAUAAAAUGGACCGAUCGGAAGAGGAAGCUAACAACCAUGUGAAUUUUGUAAAAAAAAAAAAAAAAAAAAGUGAUUAUUAAUAGAUGAAUAAAGACUGUCAAAUUGU